AUGAGCUUCAACGAUCUCGAGCGCGGCACCCGCUCUCCUCGGUCCGGGACUGGGUCCCCCGCCGCCGACCCCGAGUUCACGCGGCUGAAGGACACUGUCUCCCUGCAGGUGUUCAAGAUCCAGAGCAACGUCACCGGUAUUCAGAAGCUGGUCGACAAGCUUGGCGGUGCUGGCGAUCAGGAGAAUAUGAGGAAUACGCUGCACAACCUGACGGAGGCGACGCGCGAGAUGGUGAAGAAGUCGACGGGAGAUGUGAAGGCCCUGGCGUCGUACCCGGUAGAAGGCCCGCAAAAGGCGAUCUCAGCCAAGCUCUCCCGAGAGUUUGCAGCGGCGCUGCAAAACUUCCAGCGCGUGCAGCGUUUGUCUGCUGAGCGACAGCGGGGCACCCUCGAGCCGGCGCGGCGCGCGCAUGCCGUCUCAGAGGUCGUGGCGGAGGAGGAGCGGUCGCGCGGCAGCGUUGAGCUCGAGCCCGUUCAACAGCAGGUGCAGGUGCAGCAGCAGGCGCAGGCGCCGCAGAUCACGCAGCACGAGCUCGAGUUCCAGGAGCAGCUCAUUGCCGAGCGGGAAAAUGAGAUCCGCGAGAUCGAGUCGGGCAUCCACGAGCUCAACGACAUUUUCCGUGACAUUGGCGCCAUUGUCGAGCAGCAGGGCGGCUUAGUCGACAACAUCGAGAGCAACAUCAUCUCCGUGUCCGGCAACACGCGCGAGGCCGCCGAGGAACUCACGACCGCGCACGAGUACCAGCGCAAGGCGGGGCGGCGCAUGGCGUGUCUCCUCAUGAUCCUCGUCAUCGUCAUCUGCGUCGUCAUCUUAGCUGGUUGA